AUGACGGCGACGCCGUUCCAGACCGAGGCCUGGACCGAGUACGGUCUCGGCUGCCUCAUCUUAUUCCUCCGUUAUUUUGCUCGAUGGAAAGCCGUGGGAUUCAAGGGGUGGCAGGGUGACGAUUACUUUGCCGUCCUGGCUCUGGUAUUCUGGACUCUGGAACUGUUGAUGUUGGAACUUAUUGACGAGAUCGGGGCUACGUUGAGCGAAGAACAGAUUGCCAAACUGGUGUUUGGAUCGAAGUGCUUGAUGGCUGGAUGGAAUUUCUACGUCACUCUGAUUUGGUGCCUGAAGGGCUGCAUGCUCUGCUACUACAACCGUAUCACUCUCGGUCUAAAACAGCAAAAAGUUGUCAAAUGGACAGGACUGGCAACCGUGUUGGCCUACAUCGCCGUGAUCGGCGUUAUCUGGGCUCACUGCACACCCGUCCAAAAGAACUGGCAGGUCGUGCCAUAUCCCGGAGACCGAUGCACUCUUGGCGUGGCCAAUUAUUUGUCCCUUGUCGUCCUGAACAUCUCGACCGAUCUUGUCAUCGUCAUGAUCCCAGUGCCAUUGCUCUGGAAGGUGAAGCUCAGUAUUAAGCGGAAGCUGAUCAUCGGCCUCCUCCUUUGCUCGGGUGUCUUCAUCAUGAUUGCUACUCUUCUCCGUUGCAUCUUGUCGCUCAGGGACAUUCAGGGUAUCAACAUUAGUACCAUCUGGGCCAUUCGAGAGACGUUCGUCGGUAUCAUCGCCGUCAACGCCGCCAGCAUCAAGCCCCUCUUCUCCAAGUCCCGCUGGCUCAGCUCGAGCAACAAGGACAGCAGCCGGAAGACCAGCGGCCGCCUCGACAAGUACGGCUACUCUCUGUCCCGGAUCGGCAACUCGGGCGUUCGUCCGACCUUGUCGACCAAACGCCACCACGACAUUACCGAUCUCGGCGACAACACCAGCGAGGAGCACAUCGUCAAGGCAGCCAACUCGGAGUACGGGAAGGUGGUCAUGCACGACAUCCGCGCCGGCAGCACGAACAGUGAUCAUAGCGCGCACCAGGAGGGUAUAAUAGUGACGAAGACGUACGAAGUCAGCCAGUAUAAGUCUACGCUGGAUGUUUAA